AUGUUGGUUUCAUCUCUGACUUUUGUGAGAUCUUUGGGUGCUGUUGACAAGAAUGGCAGAUGGUACAUCUUUGUGCCAGGUUGGGCGGGCAGUGAGCUCUUGGUGUCUCCAAAUGUUCGAGCCGUGAUUGACCAAAUGCUCCAAAUCCACCUUUCGCCAUUGAAAAGCAAAUGCCGCUUAUAUAAAUCCACGUGCCGGCGUUUGCUAACGUUCUGUGAUGGAAGGCAAACUUCAUCUAAGCUUCUCCACUUUGGUCCUUGGGGAGGUCUCUUCGCUCGGGGGCUCAAGGCGCAAAAGUUUAAAAGGCCCAAUAUGCUUUAG